CCCAUGGUAGGUCUGGGAUGGUCUGGUGUUUACUUUUGGACUUGUAAUUUCGCCGACCUUUUCCCUUCAAGUUUCUGAUUUCCGUAGUGGACUUCUCUCUUACUCCUUUGAACCAAAAGGUAAACUCUCUCAAUGUCGACUGAUGUGACUAUGGCCCCAGCUGGGGGAACCGAAGGUGGCUCGAACGUGGCUGGAUCCUCUUUAUCAUCGGGUCUGGCAACCACCAAGAAACAAAGACGUUUCGAACUAAAGAAGUGGAGUGCAGUCGCUCUCUGGGCAUGGGACAUUGUUGUUGACAACUGUGCAAUUUGUAGGAACCAUAUCAUGGAUCUUUGCAUCGAGUGUCAGGCCAAUCAGGCUAGUGCCACAAGUGAGGAGUGCACGGUUGCCUGGGGUGUAUGUAACCACGCCUUCCAUUUUCAUUGUAUAAGCAGGUGGCUCAAAACCCGCCACGUUUGCCCACUGGAUAACAGUGAGUGGGAAUUUCAGAAGUACGGUCAUUAGAAUCCGUGGCAUCGAUGAUCAACCAUCAAGUACGGGAGCUUUUUUUGUUUUUCUUUGUUACCUCAAAGUUAAAGAGGACAGAACGAAGUUUGUUAGUCGCUAUCAGAAUUUUCUAAAUCUGAUGAUCAAGUUGAAGCCAAAUGUGCAGUUUUCUGAAGUUAUUGUAAUUGAUCAAGAUUCCUUACGGGUUUUCAUGCGCAUGUGUCGUACUUUCAUCUUUCAAAGUCGCAUAAACCAUUAUUUCAAUCGGAUUUUCGUUUAUAAUUUUAAUUUUUAAUAAUGUAUUGUAUUUCCUGGAGUGGAGGACAUCUCUGAUGGUGAUAUAAUGAGGAAAAACAGGUGGCCGGGGUGGGUGGUUACAAGUUAAAACGUACUUAAGGCCGUAAAUCAACUGAUGUGGAAUCCGUAUCUACUUUCCGGGAACGGAGAAAAAAACUAACGACGCCUGAGAGAUUCGAACUCUCGCGGGGAAACCCCAUGUACUUAGCAGGCACACGCCUUAACCACUCGGCCAAAGCGUCUUCGUUGGUAACGUUUCUAACUACUACUUUAUCUUAUUCUUAAGUACUGAUUGAUGUAGUUCUGAUUUCUGACUUCUCAUGGAAAAACGAAAAAGGUUUUGGGUCAUUGUGGAUGAGUUGUGCCAUACCCACUUCCAGUCGUGGACUAAUUAGCAAUGAGUCACACAUCCAAUAUGAAAAGAAAAGAAAAAGAAGGUAAGGCAUCCUUUUUGCAUAAUAACUUUACUUUGUUGGCUAGUUUCAUUUCAGAUUGGUUGUUGGAUAUUUUUCUACAAACCAACAAGCAUGAUGUAAUGCUGUGAUAAUUUCAAGCGUCUUUCCAAUCAGCAAUGAGCAUGGACCAUGUAAACAGAAAACAUUCCCACAUUAUAAUUUUCUAGGUUCAUUCGUUUCAUUUAAAAUAAGGCCUUUCACUUGUAUAAUUAUUA